AUCAUCUUCUUCCUUCGCCCGAGAGCGCCCAUAGCAAGAGCACCACCCAGUGGCCAGCGAGCGACGUUUCGAGACAGACGCGUCCCGUCCAUGGAGCCGCAGGCAGGAGCACGCGCGCCCCGCCUCAGGCCUCGGCCCGCUCUCCCACCGUUUCCGGAGCCUACAGAGUUCGAAGUCCAGGCGGAGCUGGUUACGGGCGACAAGUUCAUUGACGACCUCAAUGAGUCUGUUGCCAACGUCUACACCAGCGUCGCAUUGCUUCGGGAGGAGGUUUACAAUAACGGAGGGCUGGAGGCGCACGACGCGAAGAGUAUGGGGAAGUCGAAUCAAGCAGCGUGGAAGAGCAUCCGGAGGCUUCUCAAGAAAGCCAAAGAUUGGCGCGAUCAAAUUGAGGAAGCAGGAGCUCGCCCGCUCGAGGAGCCGGAUCAUCUGUCCCGUCCAUACCCAAGGCCUGACCUUGCAAUGUUAAGCGAAGAGGAUUGAGUUCUUUUCCAGUACUGAUAUUAUGGUCGUCAUUAGAUAGUAGAAAGUGAAAUUUCAUGCCACUGGUUCUUAAG